CUGUUCAUUGUAACCUUGUCUACACAUCACGAUCGACAACGAUCUUUCCAUUUCUUAGAUAAGAUAGUAAAAAUUCUCUUUUAUAUCAUCAGCGCGACACGACUGCGACAGUGUAACACUACUACUUCUCACCCCGCCCCCUUUCCCACCUUCGACCAUCUCCCAAAGACACCCACACCACAUACACAUUCACAAUGGCGGCUACAGAGUCAACAGUAGGCCCCGAGUUCACGGCCAAGGAGGUUGCCGCACACAGAGAAGCAGACGACUGCUGGAUGGUCAUCCACGGUGAAGUCUACGAUCUCUCAAAGUACCUCCACGACCACCCCGGCGGCGCAGAUGUCCUCGUCGAGGCCGGCGGCGUCGACGCCUCAGAAGCCUUCGACAACGCAGGUCACUCCGAAGAUGCCUACGAAAUCAUGGCCGACUUCAAGGUCGGCAAGCUCAAGGGCGUGAACAAGCGCUCCGCCCCCAAGGCCGUCCGCCUCCAGCCCAAAGCCACCCCCGAAAAGAAGACCCUCUCCUCCGGCUCAGGCUCAGCCGCCCGCGUCGCAUCUCAAGCCGCCGCCGCCGCCCUCUUCAUUGGCCUCGGCGCCGUCGCUGCCCGCCACGCAUCCUCCACACCCGCCGGCCAGGACGCCAUCGCCGCCAUCCAGAGACUCAACAUCCAGUUCCCAGCAUGGCUCUCCUUCGGCAGCGGCGCCGCCCGCUCCAAGCGCACCGGCUUCGGCUUCAUGGAGGGCUUCGCCGUCGCCUCCGCCUUCUUCGCCGUCGCGGGCUCCAUCGCCGCAAAGGAAGCCUCCAAGCUCCUCCACUACGAGCUCACGCCCAUGCACUACCGCCCGCACAAGAAGAUCCCCAAGGUCGCAAAGGCGAACCCCCUCAACCAGCGCGGCUGGCUCGACCCGGUCUCCUACCACCCUCUCCCGCUCGUCGAAAAGACCCUCCUCGCCCCCAACGUGUACCGCUUCGUCUUUGAGCUCCCCACCCCGAACACGGUCCUCGGCCUGCCCAUCGGCCAGCACGUCGCCAUCAAGGCCGAGAUUGACGGAAAGUCCGUCGCCCGCUCCUACACGCCCACCUCCAACAACGCCGACCUCGGCAAGCUCGAGCUCGUCAUCCGCUGUUACCCCGACGGCGCCCUCACCGGAAAGUACCUCGCCAACCUCGAGGUCGGCGACGAGGUGCAGUUCCGCGGGCCCAAGGGCGCCAUGCGCUACCGUCCCAACCUGACCAAGAAGAUUGGCAUGCUCGCCGGCGGCACGGGCAUCACCCCCAUGUACCAGCUCAUCCGCGCCAUCUGCGAGGACGACCGUGACACCACCGAGGUCAGCCUCAUCUACGCCAACCGCUCCGAGGCCGAUAUCCUGCUGAGGGACGAGCUCGAGGCCUUUGCGAGAAAGUACCCCAAGAACUUCACGCUGCACUACCUCCUCGACUCGCCGCCCGAGAACUGGGCCUACGGUACUGGGUAUGUCACCCAAGAGAUGAUGGCCGAGCGGUUCCCCGCUCCCGGCCCGGAUUCUCGCGUCAUGCUCUGCGGUCCGCCUGGCAUGGUAAACGCUGCCAAGAAGUCGUUGACGAACCUGGGCUUCGAGAAGCCUGGUGCCACUUCCAAGAUGUCUGAUGCCGUUUUCUGCUUCUAAGCUAUUUCGCUUGUUCGGGAAAGGGCAAUAGAGAGAUACCAUGGGAAGUUGUGAUUAUCAUUGUUUCGGAUCCAUUUUUUUCUUGUGUCAAUAUUCAUGGGUUUGCAUCGUAACGGCGUCGAGGGAAGGGUGCAUCGGGGUUGGUGUCUGGAUUGACGACAUCCCAUCUGUACCAUUGUUGAUACCUGCCUGUAAUAGACUACUACCA